AUGAAUUCUCCGACAGUUAAAUUGUUAGAAUUAUGGAAAGCGAGCUCAGAAAUGACAGUAGGUGAAAUAACAAGAUACAGAAUACGUUUUGAUCCUAAAAAGUUAAGAAAAAGUACUAUAUGGCCACCACAAAAUUUGGUGUUAAAAGUUAAGAAUACAACCCCAAUAAUCUAUACGAUAGCGAUAUUAACAGGACCAUAUAAUAUAUCGGCAACUUGCAUUGAAACUAAACAUAAUGAUUGUAGUAUUUUCAAACAACCACUUGAAAUCAUACCACAAACUAAGGCUGGAAUAAAAUGCGGGGAAACGUGGGAAAUAAAAUUAAAUUUGGGAACGGGAAAUAGUAAUGAGGGAGAGGAGGAAUGGAUUGGGGAUUGGACAAUUGAAGUAUUAAGUGAUAUCUUAUUUACCAAUAAUAAGGUACAAUAUGAAGUAAUCUUAUUUGCAGAGUUAACAAAUAUAACAGACGAAUUAGAAGAAUUUCUUAUUCUUGACCAUAAAGUUAAGCAUGAGGAAGAGUAUCAAGAUGGUCCUACCAUAAUUAAAGCUAGUUCACCUUCGAUAUCAUUUGAAUAUUUCAAACCAGCAGAUGUAUUUUCUUUACCAGAUCUCAAUGAAAUAAAUAAACAAAAUAAGCCAAUUCAUCUAGUUGUGUUAACUCAUGGGAUACAUGGAUCUAUGUUGGAUGAAUUAUAUUUAAAGGAAUCUAUUGAAGAAAAAUGUAAAGAUCAAUCAGAAAAUGAGGUCGUGGUCUAUAUGUCUGAUGUUAAUCAUUCUGGUACCGAAGAUGGAAUUGAAAAUUGUGGUAAAAGGUUAGCUAAAAAUAUUUUAGUAUAUGUUGGAUGGCCUUCUGAUAAUAUAUUUUCUUCGAUUACCUCGAGUUCAUUAGUUUCUCCUUCUAAAUCAAAGAACUUUAACUGUAAUAGAAAUUUAAUAUCCAAAAUAUCAUUCAUUGGACACUCAUUAGGAGGAUUGAUCAAUGUAUUUCUUGUAGGUUACUUAAAUAACGUAACUAAUGGAACAUUUUUUAAGGAAGUUAAACCAAUACAUUUUAUAACGAUAGCAUCACCAUUACUUGGCUCGACAGAUUUAGCCUGGUAUCUUCAAUUUGGUAUGAAAUUGGGUGCAAUAGGUCAAACCGGUAAAGAUUUAGCAUUAAUACCAAGAUCAAAAGAUGAACAACAUUCCGCAUCAGGCGUUUUAGAAGAAGGCAAUUCAUUUCCCAAUAUUGAUUCGCUUAACGAAGAACCUUUAUUAUUGUCUUUAUCACGUUCAAAUUCUUCUUCUCAUAUUGCAUUAAAAUCAUUUAAAAGUCGUACAUUAUAUGCGAAUAUUACUAAUGAUGUACCCGUAUCUCUCAAGAGUUCUUCUCUUUAUUUUAUUAAUCAUUAUAACGGUGAUGAUUAUGUUAAAGAUCAUUCUCAAAUUACUUUACUUAAUCAAUUUAAACACUUGAUAACCACUUUAAUGCCUCCUGAAACUACUAGAGAGUAUCUUAAUAAAUCUUUUUCUGCUAAAUCUCCUAUUAUUCAUGAUAAAUUAUAUCUUCCUAGCGAUAUUCCUCCUAUACCCGAUACCUUUUCUACUUCUUUUGAAAAAGAUGAUGAUGAAGAAUAUCACGAAUUGCCUAUUGAAGAACAAAUGGCUAGAUUUUGGCAUAAAGACAUGUCUUGGCGUAAAGUACUCGUUCGCCUUGAAGGCGAAGCUCAUACUCACGUAAUUGUACGUAGAAAAUGGCAAGAUGCUCCUGGUUGGCAAGUUAUUAAUCAUUUAUUAAAUAAUCAUACAUUUUAA